AUGGCGCAAGGCCGGCCCCGCCGCAAGAAGAUGGUCGUGUCUUCUGACGACGAUGAAGACGACCCGGUGGCCACUGUCGACCCGGAAGAGACGCUUGUCCAACACGAGGCCACCGACGGCACCGGAGACAAGCCUAUCAGUCAACAAAUCCCCUCCAACCCUCGACGGAGUCGUCAGCCUAACAAGUCUGCUAUCGAGGCACAGCCCAAACGUGCGAACAAGUCCAUCUUCUCCUUCUUCAACCCAACUACACAACGCCAACAGGCCUCGUCUCAGGACUCGACAACCCCACUAGCCUCUGCCAACCCCGAUCCGAGAGAACUAAACAUUGAGGAUGACAUUUCAGCCGACGAGGCCACACUGUCUCAACCUUCCCAGAUCGCCCAGACCUUGCGCAAAAGGAAGCUCAUUAGGGAUGACAUUGGGGACAGCUCGAGGGAUGGCGCACCAGCAGCCUCACAAAAGUUUCGCAAAGUCUCUGCCGGGACUAGAGCACCCACAAACUCGACAUUCGCCCCGUCCGACACAAGGCCAUGGACCGAACGCUUCGCUCCUGUCGACUUGUCCGAGCUUGCUGUGCACAAGCGAAAGAUUACAGAUGUUCGCAGUGUCCUGGAGUCUGCUCUGUCUGAUCGUCCAAGGCCGAGGCUGAUUGUUUUGAAAGGUGCGGCCGGUACUGCCAAAACAACUACUUUCAGUCUUUUGGCGAAAGAGAUGGGUAUUGGCAUAAUGGAAUGGAAGAGUCCAGUCGGUGCCGAUGCUGCAAGCAGUGCUUUCACGUCUUAUUCGAGCCAGUUUGAAGACUUUGUCUUUAGAAGCGACAAGUUUGCUGGUCUGGACCUGAUUCGAAGUGAUGGUACAGCCCAGCCAGCUCCUGCCAUCAAAGACCAUGCCAAACAAAUUAUGCUCGUCGAGGAGUUUCCCAACACUUUCGCCAAAUCUUCUCCUGCUCUGCAGAUUUUCAGGAACACUAUUUUGCAAUACCUGGCUGCACCGACAUCAUCGAAUCCCACACCCAUGGUCAUGAUCGUUUCGGAAGCUCUGCUUUCAACCACAACUGCGUCCGCCGACAGUUUCACUGCUCAUCGUUUGCUUGGUCCUGCCAUUCUGAAUCACCCACAGACUGCCUCAAUCGAGUUCAACAACAUUGCUCCCACCAUCCUGACGAAAGCUCUGGAUGCAAUAAUCAUCAAAGAAUCUCGCAAGUCAGGUAGACGCUUUGCACCUGGUCCUGCCGUGCUCAAACAUCUGGCAGAGACUGGUGAUGUCCGUAGUGCUAUAUCUUCCCUCGAAUUUCUGUGUCUUGCUGGCGAUGACAGUGGUGCUUGGUCAUCAAAGGUCGCUUUCACAAGGCCUAAAGGUCGUGCAGAAGCCGCCUUGACUAGGCAAGAACAAGAAGCCUUGAAGGUGAUCAGCAACCGGGAGAGUAGUCUUGGAAUAUUCCAUGCUGUCGGUAGGGUCGUAUACAACAAGCGUAUCGACCCUUCUAGCCCUGUCCCUCAACCUCCGACAUACUUUCCUCAACAUCGCAAGCCAAAAGUUCCCGAACAUGAUCCUAACAAUCUGAUUGAUGAAGUUGGCACCGACACGUCAACAUUCAUCGGUGCGCUGCAGGAGAACUAUGCCUUGUCUUGCUCGUCUUCGUCGAGCGAAGAUGCAAUGGACUCACUCAAUGGCUGCAUCGAUGCUUUAUCAGAUUUUGACAUGCUAUCUUGCGAUCGCUUUGGCUUUGGAACACGGAUGUCGUCAGGCUCUGCCCAGGACAAUCUCCGUCAAGAUGAUAUUUCUUUUCAGACUGCUGUUCGCGGUGUCCUCUUCUGGCUACCAACUCCGGUCAACAGGCUGGCGGGCCUGCCUCGAGGGGCCAAGCGUGGUGAUGAGUUCAAAAUGUUCUUUCCCUCGAGCUCUAAGUUGUGGAAAGAGAAGGAGGAAUUUGAGGCCACGUUUGAGACUGUGCUAUCAACAAUGCACAAGUUGGCUGUGGGCUCAAGCUCUGAUUUUACGUCUGCAAACACAGAAGGCGUGGCAGCAUGGAAGCGCCAGCAGAUACUGGACGUGCCUUCAGACGAGCAAAAUGCCGACUUAGCCUCCUCCCCUUCAUUCUCGAAAACCCUUCUCAGCUCUGGUGCAAGAACAGAGUUACUGCUUGAACGCCUUCCUUACGCCUCCCAGAUAUUGCCUCGCUACAAGGACACACCACCCUCAUUUAUUGCAGGUGUCAACACUCUGACUCGCAUCUCUGUUUUGAAUUCUUCGUCCACCGCUCUCGAUGAUGCAGCCCUGGAUGUGAUGGAGGAUAACGAUGCCGACAUGCAGCAAUCGGAGUGGACUGAUCGCUCAGAUCCAGAGUCCGCCGCGACGAAGAGAGGCAAGAAACAGCAGAAUCAGAAGGGAGAUUUUGAGGGAGGUGGUUUACAUAUACCCGUGGAGCAUGCGGUGGAGAAGCUUGUACUCAGUGAUGACGAUAUCGAGGAUUGA